AUGCAGUCCAUCACUGUCCAUGAGUGGGAAUACGGCGCCAUGAUUCAUUGAUUGUGAUUGUGGUGAGGGGCUGAGGCAGCCAUUGGCAUCAUGAUUCAUGGUGAGCUCGAGCUUCGAGCAAAGUAAGGAAGAUUUGGCGCAUUGGCCAAGCAGUUAAAGAAAGAAUGGAGUAGGAGCUGAGAAUCAAGCUGAACAUUUGAAAGGGGUCUCUAGGUGAUGAAGAAUCCUAUGAUUCUACAUUCGUCGUCUGGGAUGAAUUGGCCUCGCCGCGACCUCAGUUGGUAGAGCUGCAGUAAUAACCACCUCCUGCAAAACAGCCACUUCCCAUUGAAGGGCCAAAGUCAGAAGAAGCAGCAGCUGAGCUUCAUCAAUCUAUACGAGGUUUUGCUGCCUGACUGGUGAUCAGGGUUUAUCCCAGAAUUUCGAGGAUCUGACAGAAGCUGGGCGCCAAAGUGGCAGUAGCGUGCAGGAGGGGCUGUCCAAGAUGAGGAUCGAGGAGGUGCAGAGCACGACUAAGAAGCAGCGGGUGGCCACACACACCCACAUCAAGGGGCUGGGCCUCAAGGAGGAUGGCACUGCGGCCCCCCUGGGCGCUGGGUUUGUGGGGCAGGAGCAGGCGCGCGAGGCGGCGGGCCUGGUGGUGGACAUGAUCCGCGGCAAGAAGAUGGCCGGCCGCGCGCUGCUCAUGGCGGGGGCGCCCGGCACCGGCAAGACCGCGCUCGCCCUCGGGAUUGCGCAGGAGCUCGGCAGCAAGGUGCCGUUCUGCCCCAUGGUUGGCUCGGAGGUGUACUCGUCGGAGGUGAAGAAGACGGAGGUGCUGAUGGAAAACUUCCGGCGCGCCAUUGGGCUGCGCAUCAAGGAGAACAAGGAGGUCUAUGAGGGCGAGGUGACGGAGCUGACGCCGGAGGAGACGGAGAGCACGACGGGGGGCUACGGCAAGGCGGUGAGCCACGUGAUCAUUGGGCUGAAGACGGUGAAGGGCGUGAAGCAGCUGAAGCUGGACCCGGCCAUCUACGACAGCCUGCUCAAGGAGAAGGUCCUCGUGGGCGACGUCAUCUACGUGGAGGCCAACAGCGGCGCCGUCAAGCGCGUCGGCCGCUGCGACGCGUACGCCACCGAGUUCGACCUGGAGGCGGAGGAGUACGUGCCGCUGCCCAAGGGGGAGGUGCACAAAAAAAAGGAGAUCGUGCAGGACGUGACGCUGCACGACCUGGACUCGGCCAAUGCGCGGCCGCAGGGAGGGCAGGACAUCUUGUCGAUGAUGGGCCAGAUGAUGAAGCCCAAGAAGACGGAGAUCACGGAGAAGCUGCGCGGCGAGAUCAACAAGGUGGUGAACCGCUACAUCGACACGGGCGUGGCGGAGCUGGUCCCCGGCGUGCUGUUCAUCGACGAGGUGCACAUGCUGGACAUCGAGUGCUUCACGUACCUCAACCGCGCGCUCGAGAGCAGCCUGGCGCCCAUCGUGGUGCUGGCCACCAACCGCGGCAUCUGCAACAUCCGCGGAACCGACAUGCCGUCCCCGCAUGGCGUGCCCGUCGACCUGCUGGACCGGCUGGUCAUCAUCCGCACGCUGCCGUACACGCCGCCCGAGAUGGUCCAGAUCCUGGCCAUCCGCGCGCAGGUGGAGGGCAUCGCCGUUGACGAGGACAGCCUCGCGCACCUGGGCGAGAUCGGGGACCGCACCUCGCUGCGCCACGCCGUGCAGCUGCUCACGCCCGCCAGCAUCAUGGCCAAAACCAACGGCCGCGAUGCCAUUGCCAAGGCGGACCUGGAGGAGGUGGCGGCCAUCUUCCACGACGCCAAGGCCUCCGCCAAGCUCCUGGCGGACCAGGCCGAGAAGUACAUCUCGCAAUGAUCCCGGGCCCGGCCGCGGCGCCGCUACGCCAGGCACGCGCAAACCCCUCCCCUAGCUAGAGGCAAGGCAGCGCUGAGUAGGCGCUCAUGCAGGAAGCAUCGACUGGAUGACUGGUGCCCCGCAGCGAGCAGCUGUGGGCGGCACUGAAAUAACGACCUUCCACAGCUUGUGGUCAAAGCCCUUGCGAGGAGAGCGGUGCAGUACUGAACACCGCAGACCAGCCUCCUACUCACUCGAGAACGGUCCUUAUCUAGAGAAAUGUGUUUGAAACCCUUCAGCUGGGUUGUGACGUAUAUCCAAGUAAGUCGCCAAGAGAUGCAAGUGUUGUCUCGCAGAAGGACAAGCUGUAUUCUAAAUAUGCGUGCGACCAUCCUUGGCAUGGUACACCACCUUGCAGGUCUGGCAGCCUGGUA